CGGUGUAGUUUUACUGUCCUUAUACAUAACAAGAGAACUGAGAGAGAAAGAGAAGGCAGGAAAUGUUGAAGCUCGUUCCGGGUCUAACAGUCGCUCUAAUAUUUAUCAAGAAGGUGUGGGAGCGUUGGAAUAUCGUAGGGGCUCUUCUCUUUAGCCUCAUGUUGCAGAGCUUCCUCACAUUGGUGGCCCCAUUCAGAAGAUCCACAAGGGACAGAGGCUUGAUUCUGAUCAUCUGGUGUGCUUACUUGAUCGCUGAUGCAACUGCUAAUUUUGCUAUCGGUCUCAUAAGCAACAACGUACGCAGCCCAUGUGAUUCUUCCGGUAAGGAAGAAAAUGAUCUUUUGGCAUUUUGGGCUCCAUUUCUCUUACUGCACCUUGGCUGUCCUGAUCCCAUCACAGCCUUUUCUCUUGAAGAUAAUGAACUCUGGCAAAGGCACAUGCUUAGCCUCAUUCUCCAAGCCGUAGCUUCUACCUAUGUCUUCUUUCAAUCCCUUUCCCACAACAAGCUGCAGUUGCCCACAUUCCUCAUGUUUAUUGCCGGAGUCAUCAAGUAUUCUGAGCGGAUUUGGGCUUUGUACCGGGCAAGCACCGACAGCUUCCGCAACUCCUUGCUCCAAAAAGAAGAUCCGGGCCCCGAUUAUGCACUGCUUAUGGACAAAUUUGCUUGUAUGAGGGAUGGCCACCUUCCCACGAAAACCAUAACACUAGAACAGCCUGAGAAAGAAGCCGAAGAUGUGAAGCAAGACAACUUGAGUGAUUUAGAAGUGUUGCAUUACGCUUAUCACUUUUUUGAAACCUUCAAGGGCCUUGUUGUGGAUCUCAUGUUUAGCAUACACGCGCGGAAAGAGAGCCGAGAAUUCUUCGAGGUGAGGACUCUGGAAGAUGCACUAAGAGUCAUAGAGGUUGAACUCAACUUCUUGUAUGGGGUUUUCUAUACCAAGAUGAUGAUAAUGCAUUCCAGGGUAGGCUAUGUUUUCCGAAUCAUAGCCUGUGGGUCAAUUUUAGUGGCUCUUGCGCUCUUCCAUUUCCAUACCAACCAAAGUAAAUACGACCCAUUUAAUGUGAAAAUCACCUACAGCUUGCUCCUGGGUGCCCUUGCCAUGGAAUUUGUAGCCUUCCUAAUGCUCUUUUUCUCUGAUUGGACUUUUGCUUCCCCUGUUCAUCCUGCUUUAAAGCCUUCGGAGCUUAUCUACCGCUGCUUUCUUGCUCUCACCAAGUCUAGUUGGUACAGGAGUCCAGGAAAUGAAGUAUUAGUCUUGGCUACACCCUUGUUUCGCAGAUGGUCUGGGUCUGUCUCAGGACACAAUUUCUUAAGGUAUUGCCGGAAAAGUAGUCCAACCACAAUGCUGAAAUUCACCAGUUGGUGGGACCCAAUUUCGGACUUGAAGGUAGUGCGAGGGCUGCCUGAAUCUAGUUGCCAACUUGGUGGGAAAGCUGAAGCUAAUACUCUUGCCCCUCUCUUUUGUCAGCAAACUUUGCCACAUUCCAGAACCCAUCGCUAA